GUUGCUGGCAACUCGACACACACCCCUCUCGGUCGUGGCAUUGCCAAGCAUAACGACCAUCACUCCCGUCGCUUUUAGCUGUUAAAAACCUCUCUACCACAUCACACAUAUCCCAAUGAGCGCCGAGACGCGGAGCCCCAGCGCGUCGCCCAGCGCCAACAGCAGCGACGGCGACGCAUCUCCCGCCAAUAAGAACAGCGCGGCGGACGGCAAGCCCAAGAAGUGCCGCUUCAACGACUGCGACAACCUCGCGGUGGACGGCACCAGCAAGUGCGCGUUCCACAAGAACCGGCGCCAGUGCUGCGUCGAGAACUGCACCAACCAGGUCUACGCGCGCAAAUUGUGUGUGCGUCACGGCGGCAAGAAGCAGUGCCAAGCGGAUAAUUGCGAGGCGCACGCGCGCGGCGGCGGCUUCUGUCUGCAGCACGGCGGGUUCGUGGUCAAGCGCUUCUGCAUCGUCGAGGGCUGCUCCAAGCAGGCACACGCGCGCCAGAAAUGCGUACGUCACGGCGGAGGGCGCCGCUGCAAGGUGGACGGCUGCAUGCAACACGCGCGCGCCGGCGGUCUAUGCAACCGCCACUCGCACGGCCACGAGUGCCGCGUCGAGGGAUGCAACAAAACCGCACAGCACUCUGGCUCCAUCUGUUUCCGUCACGCCAUGGAGCUGCGCGCGCACGGCGAAGAAGUGCCCGAGCUCAACAUCUCCAAGGGAGGCCGACUCAGCAGCAAGAAGCGCCAGCAGCAGCAGCGCGAGCAGCAGAUGAAGCAGGAACAGUUCCACCACCAGCAGAUCCAGCAGCAGAUCCACGCGCCGCAGCACAUGCAGCCGCACCCGCUCACUAUUCAGGUACCCCAGAGCCAGCCCAUGCCGCCACAGAACCAACAGCAGAGCAACCCGUUCGGUCUGCCCCUGAAAAUUAAUGUGCCAACGACCAUGCCAAAGUUCAAUCUGCGCACGCCACUCGGCAACAGCUUCCCCACGCCCCGCAGCCACGAGUUUUCGCUCUUGAUGGGGCUCCCGUCGCCACAAAUUGACAACUCGCAGCUUCCCAGUGUGCUGGCCAUGACGAACUCUGGAGCUAACGCCACAUCCAGUGGACAGCGCACGCCAGGUCUCGACAGCUUCCUUGCCAGUGGCCCCCCCAGCGUGUCGCGUGGCAACGGCAACUAUCUGUCUCUGGGUCUGUUCCCUACGCCCCGCCUGACCGACCGGACACCCGGUGGAGGCGAAGACGCCAUGAUGAGCGACUACAUUAAGCUCAUGGGCCCCGACACGCCCAUGAACUUCCACCAGAACGGCCACUUCGGCGGAGGUGCCACGCCGCUACUCGAGAACCUCGGCAACGUGUUCGAGCACAACCAGCACAACCAAAACAACGGCAACAACGCGCCGCGCAGCCACAUGGCGGCAAUGGCUGCCGCUGCUGCGGUCCACGGCAACACGCAACAGAGAAUUAAGAUGGACUUCUUGUCGCCGCGUGGUCUAGCGGCACACAACUUCCAGAGCCAGGGGUUCCCCACUCAAACUUCUGGCGAAGGGAUGGCUUCACACGCGUCCGGAUCUUCGGACUACGCGGCCCAAUUCUUUGUGGACAAUAAGAACGACAAGCGUGGCCACAUGAAGACAUCGAGUGUCUCUGCCGCCACGACCCCCACUCCCAAGCCGACGGGCGUCACCGCCGCAUAGGCUGAGAGACUUUUUGAGUGUGAAACAGAGUGAGUGAGUGACCCAGUGACGUCCACUGAUGAAAAAAACACGAGCCCGACGGCUACAAAAGACUGCAAUUCGUGGAAAUUGCAAUGGCAAGAGCGGAUGGCCCCGACUCGACGGCGCAUGCGGCGCUUUGAAGAGCGGUCGAAGCUCCUGCCACCUCCUGAUAGAAGAACCGUGUCCGCCGAUUCCACGGACUUUUUGGUUCACAAAAGUUUUGGCCCUACAGAUAAAGUACGGAUGAAAGUAAAGUAAAACUUGACGAUUUUGCAGCUCUUGUUGUCGGUGUGUUUUUCCAGUAUCUUUAUCGAUAAAUGGAUCGUCACCUUCGUCCCGUUGCGCUUGACACGAGUGGAUCUUUGGAUCUUAGUCCACUGGACUAGCGAGAGG